GAACGAAAUCAGAACAAGACCUAUAAAAUUGGUGUAGUCUUUGAUCAGAACUCAGUGGAAAUUCAAAGCGUCUUCAAGUACGCGAUGGCACAACAUUCCACCCCGAACAAAAGCCGCCUUGACUUCCAAGUUUUCGUCGAUAUAAUAAACACGGCAGAUGCUUUCAAGCUUUCAAGACUUAUUUGUAACCAGUUCACUCGCGGAGUGAUCGCAAUGCUGGGAGCAGUAACGCCUGACUCUUUCGACAUUUUACAUUCUUACACCAACACUUUUCAGAUGCCAUUUGUAACCCCGUGGUUUCCGGAAAAGGUUCUUCCUCCAACAUCGGGUCUUGUUGAUUAUGCAGUGAGUAUGCGACCUGACUAUCAUCACGCUGUUAUGGAUGUCAUCAGCUACUACGGCUGGAAGAAUAUUAUUUACCUCUACGAUUCGCAUGAUGGGUUACUUCGACUGCAACAGUUGUACCAAAGCUUGGACCCUAGGACUGCUACAUUCCGUAUUGCAAACGUAAAACGAGUAGGCAACGCUUCUGAUGCAAUCGAAUAUCUCAAUGCCAUAGAACGGCUUGAUCGCUGGAGCAAAAAAUUCGUAGUUCUCGACUCUACAACACAACUGGCUAAAGAUACCCUAAUUAUGCAUGUGCGUGACGUGCACCUCGGCCGCAGAAACUACCAUUACUUAUUGAGCGGACUGGUGAUGGACGAUCGCUGGGAGAAAGAGGUCGCCGAGUUCGGAGCUAUUAACGUAACUGGAUUCAGAGUGGUAGACUUUUCUAGAAAAUUCGCUCGUGAUUUCGAAAUUUGGAAAAGGACUGGCAUUUCGGCCAAAUCAGCAUUGAUGUUUGACGGUGUGCAAGUUCUUGUGGAUUCAAUAACUCGCCUCCUACGUAGGAAGCCUGAAGCUUUCCGUGCCAGUAUGCGACGCAACGCUAAUGCGAAUACCACCAAGAUCAUUGAUUGCAAUCCCAAGGGAAAAGUCACCCCUCUGGAACACGGCGACAAGAUAUCCAAGAUGAUCAAAAAAACGGAGAUAGAAGGGUUGACAGGCAUCAUCAGAUUCGACGAAGCGGGUCACCGUCGCAACUUUUCGCUACAAGUUCUUGAGAUGACCUUGUCUGGAGAUAUGGUGAAGAUUGGAACUUGGUACGACGACAAAGGCCUCCGUCCUCUUAACCCAAAGUCAAGGCCUGAAAGCGUAACGGGAUGGUACGACCGAAACAAGACAUACAUCGUGUCGACCAUAGAAGAGCCACCUUACAUUAUGCGCCUAAAUCCCGAAUACCCAGCAUCCGGAACUAUAGAUCCAUACAAAGGAUUCUGCGCGGACCUAACCAAGAUUUUGGCUGAUAAGUUGGAAAUCAAAUACGAAUUGCGCACAGUCAAAGACAGUAAAUACGGAAACGAGGAUCCGAAAAUAGUUGGAGGUUGGGACGGAAUGAUCGGAGAAAUAUUGAGACAGGAAGCCGAUAUGGCGAUAGCUCCACUAACAGUAACUUUAGAAAGAGAAUCUGUUGUGGACUUCAGUAAGCCAUUCCUAUCUUUUAAUAUAAAGGCGUACGGCAAUAAGAACUCAAGAGAUAAUUGGUCAAUAUUCAGUUUCCUGCGACCGCUCUCUAAUGAGGUUUGGGUCUGCAUAGUACUCAGCAUGUUUGCUGUCGGAAUUGUUUUGUACCUCGUUUCACGAUUUUCACCGUACGAAUGGCGAGUAGUAUCAAUAUCCGAAACUCCAAACUCUGACAAUCCUGAUGUCACUGACACGAAGACUCAAGUCAUCAACGAAUUCAGCUUUGGGAAUUCGUUAUGGUUCACAUUGGGUUCUUUUAUGCAGCAAGGCAGCGACAUUUCGCCGAGAUCUGUCUCCGGGAGAUUGGUGGGCUCAGUGUGGUGGUUCUUCACUCUGAUCGUCAUCAGUUCUUAUACAGCUAAUCUUACUACUUAUCUCACCGUGACGCGUAUGGGUGGCACUGUUUCAAAGUAUGAACAAGUAGCUAAUUGUCCAGAGGAUACUGUGGUAGAAGAGCCUGGGUGGAUAUCCUAUUUCUUAUAUCAUGCGGCUGGCAUCAUCACUGGAAAUGUCCCUUGUGAGAUGCUGGUGACGAAUGACGGAGUCAAGGAUUUUGCAGUUGCUUUGCCAAAAGGAUCGAAAUUGCGGGAAGGCAUCAAUUUAGCUUUGCAGGGUAUGAAAAACGAUGGGCUACUGCAAAAACUCACACGAACUUGGUUCUAUAAGACAGAAUGUGAUGUGGUCGAUGCUCAAAGAUACGAAGCUGAGCUUACCUUAAGCCAAGUUGCUGGACUAUUUUAUGUGCUGAUUGGAGGACUGACUUUGGCCAUGAUCGUCGCUCUGAUAGAGUUCUGCCAGUACGGUCGUCAAGAGGCUGCUCGUGCCAAUAUAUCGCUGAGAGAGGCAUUGACGGCUAAGACGCGUCUAAUCACAUAUAUCGAGCGCAAACCACUAGCACAACGCUUACAACAACGCGAACAAGAACGUGUACCUUGGAACGGCGGCGUUUUUACUGGGUACUACUCACCCAGCAAUCAGGUAACUCAAGAGGAGACUUCGCUGCAAGCGACCUUCACGCAAGUCUGAUCCUCGCCACGGGACUGCGGUACCGUGCGCCGUUUGUCCCACACCAGGCAGCUGUCCAGAUCCAUUGAUCUAUUCCAACUGUAAACCAUCAUUUGCAAGAUGGAGGGAAAUGUGAGCAAGUAGGCUAGCUUGAUAAAAUGCCUUCCCUGUUUAUAAAAUUAUGUUGUCCUAUUCUACAACGUUAUGACUUUCCACUUUACUUUUUACUUUAUUCAUUAUUAUCCUUGUCUUUAAAACUUUUAUUUACUCAUUUAAUAAUCAGUUUCUCCUAAAUCAAGCUGAAUGAUAGAUCAUAGCACGAAAAUACCA